ACUCAUCCCUUUCUUCUGUGUGUGCGUGCGUGCUGUUCUUUUUUUUGUAGAAAAGGGAAACCUCGACUUGCUCGUGGUUAGGUUCCCGAAAAAAAUAAAAUAAAAUACAAACUAAUUUAUUUAGAAAGAAAAAAACAAUCAAUCCAAUAAAUAGUUUGCACUCGUUGUCCCCCAACAAAAAAUUUUCACUCCUAAUCCAACCGCAUCUAGGAUAAGCCAAUAGGAAAAAGAAAAAGAACCCCGCAAACACCCGCAAGAAGCAGAAGAAGCAGGCAGCAGCAACUCCAGCCAAGAUGCCUUCUAGCGAUCCAUUGCCGCAAAAGGAGAGUGCCCUCUUCAGAAAACUUUUGAAAUGCUACGAAAUGAAACAAUACAAAAAUGGCUUGAAACUGGCUAAGCAGAUUCUAUCCAAUCCCAAGUAUGUGGAACAUGGAGAAACACUAGCAAUGAAAGGUCUAACAUUGAAUGGCUUAGGUCGACGUGAUGAAGCCUACAAGUAUGUGCGACAGGGUUUGCGGAACGACUUGAAAUCGCACGUUUGUUGGCAUGUCUACGGUUUACUUCAAAGAUCGGAUAAGAAGUACGACGAAGCCAUCAAGUGCUAUAGAAAUGCACUUAAAUGGGAGAAGGACAACUUGCAGAUUCUGAAGGAUUUGUCAUUGCUUCAGAUUCAAAUGAGAGAUUUGGAAGGCUACAAAGAAACCCGCCAUCAUUUGUUCAAAUUGCGUCCAUCGCAACAUGCCUCGUGGAUUGGUUUUGCUAUGAGCUAUCAUUUGUUGGGCGAUUUUGAAAUGGCUAAUAGCAUUUUGGAGACUUUUAGGCAGUCACAAGCGCUUAUUGAAACUCACGACUAUCGUCACAGUGAGCUUUUGCUAUAUCAAAAUCAAAUUCUCAUCGAAUCUGGCAAUCUGGAGAAAGCCCUCAACCAUUUGACCAAGUUUGAAAGUCAAAUUGUCGAUAAACUUGCGGUAAAAGAAACUAUCGGCGAUUUAUACAUUCAAUUGGGCCAACAUAGUUCUGCUGUGCCAAUCUAUGAAUAUCUAAUCAAGCGUAAUCCGGAGAAUACAUUGUAUUUCCAUAAGUUUUUCGAUGCCAAAGAAAUCGCCGACGAUAGUGAAAAACUUAAAAUCUAUAAGCAAUUCCAAGAAGACUAUCCCCAAGCAAUGUGUCCCAAACGUUUGCCAUUGGAUGUUGCUUCCGGCGAUAGUUUCUUCGAAGUCAUCGAUGAAUAUUUGCGACGUGGUUUGAGAAAGGGUGUACCACCGUUGUUUGUCAAUAUUCGUUCCUUGUACAAGUUUCCCGAAAAGGUUAAAACUAUCGAGAGCCUGGUGCUCGACUAUUAUGAGAACCUCAGUAGUACGGGACAUUUUUCGAAGGCCGAUUGCGAACAAAGCAAGCCAACUGAACCGGCGUCAGCGUUACUUUGGACAACCUUGUUUUUGGCACAGCAUUAUGAUUUUAUGCGUGAGACUGAAAGAGCGCUAGAAUUUAUAAACAUUGCCAUCGAUCAUACACCAACGCUGAUUGAGUUGUUUGUCACCAAGGGACGAAUUUAUAAACAUGCUGGUAGUCCAGUGGAAGCGUAUAUGUGGCUGGAUGAAGCACAAAGUUUAGAUACUGCUGAUAGAUACAUAAACUCAAAGUGCGCUAAAUACAUGUUGCGGGCAAAUAUGGUCAAAGAAGCAGAAGAAAUCUGUGCAAAGUUCACACGAGAAGGUGUGUCAGCAAUGGAAAACCUCAACGAAAUGCAAUGCAUGUGGUUUCAAACAGAAUGUGCAUUGGCUUAUCAGCGUCUGGGGAAAUGGGGUGACGCUUUGAAGAAAUGUCACGAAGUUGAUCGACAUUUUGCAGAAAUUAUCGAAGAUCAAUUUGAUUUCCAUACGUAUUGUAUGCGAAAGAUGACUCUACGGGCGUAUGUUGGUCUUUUGCGAUUGGAGAAUGUUCUGAGGAAGCAUCCAUUUUACUAUAAGGCUGCCAAGUGUGCCAUUGAAGUGUACAUUCGUUUGUAUGAUCGGCCACUUAAGUCAGAAGAAACUGUCGAGGAAAUUGAUACUGAAAAUCUUCCACCAUCUGAGCUAAAGAAACUUCGCAACAAACAACGUAAAGCCAAAAAGAAAGCCGAAUUAGAAAGCGCUCAAGCCGCCGAAGCGGCCGUCAAACGUGAACAACAUCAAAAGUCGAAACAACAAAACGCUCAAGAAGCCGAUCCCGAGGCACCGCAGUUAGACGAAUUGAUUGCCGAAAAACUUGAACGUCCAGACGAUCCACUUGAAAAGGCAAUCGAUUUUCUUACACCCCUACAACUGUUAGCCAAAGAUCGCAUUGAAACUCACUUCCUUGCAUUCGAAAUUUAUGCGAGGAAGAAUAAAAUUCUUCUUAUGAUUCAAAGUAUAAAAAGGGCCCGAGCCAUCAAUGCCAAACAUCCACUUGUUCAUAAUUGUUGUAUGAGAUUGGCUACAGCCCUGCAAUUUAUGGAGGCAAAUUUAAAUGCCAGUGUUAAGAUUGUUGUGGAAAAGGCACGCGAAGAACUGAUUGGCAGUGGCAAGACAUCGCAGCAAAUUAAUGAAGAAUUUAUAGCGAACAAUCGUGAUUCAAUUUCGCAUUUAGUUGAGGGGGCUAAGGUUUUGUAUCUUUUGGAUAAUAGUAAAAAAGAAGAAGCCAUUAAACUUGUAACCUCAUUUGAUUUGAAUAAGAUGACUUUAGAGGAAGCGACAAAAAUAUAUGAAACGUUGCGCGAUGGACAUUUGUGCAGCAGUGAAGAGCACACAAAAUCCUACCUAGAGCGAUGCCAGCAGCGUUUUAAAUAUGCCCGAGUUUUUAAAGAGCUUACUCCACAAGCUGAAAAUCAUGUUAACGAAUCAAAAGCCGAUGCAGCAGCUAUCAAAACUGCAGAUUUGUAGGGAAGCAACAAUAAACAUUUCACCAAUCAACAACAACAACACACAAAACAAAAA